GAAUGAUGUUUACAAAUCGUGUAAUACUAAGGAAUUUUAGUGUAACAAAUAAAUUAAGAUGUAAUAAUAAAUUAAAAGACUUAUUAGAAUCUGCAGCAACUGGGCUAGAUCAACAGCCUGUAUCAAAAGAAAAUACUUGGUACACAAGUCCGUAUCCGGAAGGAGCUGUAUUUGAUAAAAGGGAUCAGGGUAAAAAAGUUGACAGAUUAAAAGUUGAUCCGAGAGACACUUCAAUAAUUAUGUUUCCGGGUCAAGGAUCACAGUAUGUUGGCAUGGCAGAAAAACUGAUGAAAAUUCCGGAAUCUCGAGAUAUGUUUCAAAUUGCAAAGGAAGUUUUAGGAUAUGACUUGUUGGAAAUUUGUCUCAAAGGGCCAAAACAUAAAUUGGAUCAAACAGUAUAUGCACAACCAGCCAUCGCAGUAACUUCUUUAGCAUCAUUAGAAAGACUUAAAGAAUCCCGGCCAAACGCAAUAGAAACAUGCGUUGCUACAUCAGGAUUCAGUUUGGGAGAAAUUACGGCACUUAUAUUUGCAGGCUCUAUUCCUUUUGACGAAGGUAUUAAAUUAAUUCAAAUUCGUGCUGAAGAAAUGCAAAAAGCUAGCGAAAGAUAUCCAUCAGGAAUGGCAACUAUUUUUUAUGGACCAGAUUCGUCAUUAGGAGAAGCUUGCACUAAAGCAAAAGAAUGGUGUAUUGAACGUGGCAUUGAAAAUGCAGAGUGUCAAAUAGCUAAUUAUUUGUUUCCUCAUUGUAAAGUUGUCGCAGGAAGUUUAGAAGCUCUAAAUUUUCUCGAUAAAAACAAACAACAAUUUAAAUUAAGAAAAAUAAAAAGACUUCCAGUCAAUGGAGCAUUUCAUACAAAACUUAUGGCAUCAGCUGUAGAACCAUUCAGAAAAGCAUUGAGUAAAAUUAGACUUAAUGAUCCUUUCAUUUAUGUUCAUUCAUGUAUAGAUGGAAAAAUAUAUAAGAAUGCUGAACAAAUAUAUAAACAAUUACCAAAACAAAUUAUUAAGCCAGUUCGGUGGGAACAAUUACUUCAUAUUAUGUAUGAGAGAAGUAAAAAUGAACAUUUUCCAAAAACUUUCGAAUGUGCGCCAGGAAACUCAUUAACAUCAAUAUUAAAGGAGGUAAAUGCAAAAGCUUGGAGCUCAGCAAUUAAUGUUGAAAAAUAGAAUUUUAAUUUUGUAGUUAUAUUUAAAAAAAAAUGUGCAUUUUUAUUGGUUCAAAAUAAAACUGUAUAAACAAAUGCGCAGUGAAUUUAUUUUUAUUUUAAACAUAAUUCUAAAAUUUGAUUCAAUUUUUGAUACUUGGUGU